AAGAAAUCUACUUUUAAAUACAUAAUGAUAUUGGUUCAUUUAGUAAAUUUAUAAGUAGAUAUAUUGAAAUCAAUAGAAUUAAGUUGUAAUAAAUUGAUUUACCUUUAUAUAUAAUAUGAUACAAACAACAACAACAGAAUAAAGUGCCUAAUUGUUACUUCAGUCGAGGCUGUUAAAUCUUAUUGUAUUCAUAAGUUAAUCCCGGAUCGUGUUUCCUACAUUCUACACGACACUGGCAGAAUAUACUGUGCACAUCUUUGCACGGAUGAAGGCCAUAUUUAAAACAACCUACCUACAUAUUGAUAAUACUAUUUGAGAAUAAAUAUAGAAUUUUCAAUGAUUUGCAAAUUUGUCCCCAAUGAAAAUAGUGAAGCACGCAAUUACGGUUAUUAGUUACACAAUUUCAAUUGUGAACUACACUUUCAUUAGUGUCAAUAUAGCUGCAUUAUUAUGAUAUAGUUGAUUUACAGGAUAAUAAACAUGACUUUCACUGUUGAUGAAGAGGAGGUAUUGGACCAGAUAAAUGUUUUACCAGAUGAAAUAUUGAUUUAUAUUUUCAAAUGUUUGCCUCUUGACUCUCUACUCAAUUGUGAAAAAGUUUGUAAACGGUGGGAGGAACUAGCACGAGAUCCAGCUCUAUGGAGAAGGAUAGUUAUAGUUUAUUCUGGGAAACAAGGCCAAACUGAAGUGAGUGAAAAAAAUUUAGAGAUUAUAUUAAGUCAUAAAGAAUAUAUACAAUGUUUGAAGAUUCAAUACAUGUAUAUUUAUUCAGUUAUAAAAUUUGUGAUAGAUCAAUGUGAAAACCUUAUUAGCCUAGAGUUGGUCAUGUGCCGAAUUGGCAAAGAUUUCGAAUAUGACAUCCUAAAAUGGCCAAAUCUUAAGAAAUUAAACCUGAGGAAUUCUAUUUUACUUUCAAGCAAUAUUGAUCUUAUGGUGCCAUUUGAAAAUUUUUGCCAUCUACAAUAUCUGGCUUUAUCAGAUUUUGGUUUGUCCUCCUUGAAUUGUGAUUCUCUACUUGGAUGUAAUUAUUUAACUCAUAUCCUCAUUGAAAAAAUCAAAGGUUUAGGAUUGGAAUUUAUUAAUAAAUUGAUAUUGUCUAAACAGAAAAUAAUCAAAACGUUGCAUAUUUAUGGUGGGAAUUCAAUCAAUGACUACACUUUAAAACUUUUGUCAAAUUGUGUUUCACUAAAUGAUUUAGCUAUAGUGAGAUGUGAAAAUUUAACAGACAAGGGAUUUAUUUCUUUGACACAAUUAAAUAAUCUCCAACACCUGCAGAUAUGGAAUAAUAAUAAUUUUACUGAAACAGGCAUAUUGCAAGUGCUGGGUAGUCCUUCUAUAAAACAGCUGAAAAGUUUGAGUCUAUCCCGAAUACAGAAUGUGACACCUGUAUCCGUCGAUUUACUAUCUGAAUACUAUAAAAACCUUAAAUUUUUAGCCCUGUACCAUUGUCCUAAAAUAAUUCACACAGAUUAUGAAAAACAGUUAAAAUCAAAAUUUAGAAAUAUAGAUGUUGUACUUUAUUGAUAAUAAAACCAACAUGAUAUCCACAAAUUAAAUUUAUUCACAGUAUAAAUAAUGAUCAUAUAACAUUGUGAAAUGGGAUAUUAAAAUUCUAAGUCACAAAGGUAUAUGAAUUUUCAAUUUCCAUGUAUAUUAUCGGUAUACUUUACAUAGAUCUCAGUAAUUGCUAUGUUGUACUAAACAAACUGCAAACAUUUAGGUAACUACAAUUUAAAUGAAUCUGAAAGACAAUUUCUUUCAAUAUUCCAUAAAUGUAUAGUGGUUUGAAACAAUGAUCAAUUUGUAAACUUUUAUAUCAGUCAAUAAUAAGUGAUGAAAAACCUUAAUGUAAUUUUAAAUUUAAGGACAUCUAAUGUUAAUUAUGAUAGAAUAAGAAAUUUAGUAGUAAUAUAAAAAUAUAUUUCUAA